ACUGAGUUUCACUGUCUUGAUAUCGUUCUUCUGAACACCUUUUUUUCUUCUCUUCCUUUCCGCUUUGUUUUCUAUUGCUUCUUGAAUUCUCUCUCUUCAUUUGUUGUGAACAUCUUUUGGCCUCGUCGAAGCAAUGGUGGGAGGUGACAGUUCCAAAUCCGACAUCUCCUUUGCUGGCACUUUCGCCAGCAGUGCUUUCGCUGCAUGUUUCGCCGAGGUAUGUACUAUUCCUCUGGACACUGCAAAAGUUAGGCUUCAGCUUCAAAAACAGCCUGUGAUUGGUGAUGUGAUCGCCUUACCUAAAUAUAGGGGAAUGCUUGGAACCGUUGCAACCAUUGCCAGGGAAGAAGGUCUUUCAGCACUUUGGAAGGGGAUUGUACCAGGCCUACAACGUCAAUGUGUGAAUGGAGGUUUAAGAAUUGCAUUAUAUGAUCCUGUUAAGAGUUUCUAUGUUGGACCUGACCAUGUCGGAGAUGUUCCAUUGUCUAAGAAAAUUCUUGCUGGAUUUACAACUGGUGCUAUGGCAAUUGCUGUGGCCAAUCCAACAGAUCUUGUGAAAGUUAGACUUCAAUCUGAAGGAAAAUUGCCUCCCGGUGUGCCCAGGCGCUACACUGGAUCAUUAAAUGCUUAUUCAACAAUAGUGAGACAGGAAGGGGUUGGUGCUCUUUGGACUGGGAUUGGACCCAACAUAACAAGAAAUGGUAUCAUUAAUGCUGCUGAAUUGGCAAGCUAUGAUCAAGUGAAACAGACUAUUUUGAAAAUUCCAGGAUUCACAGACAAUGUGCUAACUCAUCUUCUAGCUGGUCUAGGGGCAGGGUUUUUUGCAGUUUGUGUUGGCUCCCCUGUUGAUGUGGUUAAGUCAAGAAUGAUGGGAGAUUCUAGUUACAAAAGCACCAUUGAUUGUUUCAUCAAGACAUUAAAAAAUGACGGACCUUUUGCUUUUUAUAAGGGGUUCAUACCAAAUUUUGGACGGCUAGGAUCAUGGAACGUGAUCAUGUUUUUAACUUUAGAGCAGGCUAAAAAGUACGUCAAAAGAUUAGAAUCAGCUUGACCUCGAACAGUUUGCUGUAGAGUUUUCUUCAGUAGAAUUUUUUCAGUAGAAUUUCAUUUUCAAGAGAAUAAAACCUCUCUUUUUGUGAAUUGGAAUGUUCCAACACAUUUAUUUUUGUUGGGAAAGGAAAUGACAAGAAAUGACAAUAGCUAUGUCAUAUCUAUGUAAUUCUCAUAAAAAAUUUCCUAGUUGGGCUUAGUGAUGCAGUGUUAUGUGUUUCUUCAAUAUCAAGAGAAGAUAGGGGCUUAACAAAGGUUUUCU